AACCUUACUUAUUUAGUUAUGCGUCGUAGAAACAGGUAGCCACUUCCGGUUACGGUUCUUGUUAUAUUACCGAAAUGAGUCCGCGACUCUGGCCUAACAAGAAAGUGAAAAAGGUGAAAUGGGCUACAAGACGUUUGCUUUCCGUGCGAAGCGUUGCGGUGGUUAACGCUAACAGAACUUUAGCUCAGUGCGCGGCUGAACAAACAAACAAACAAUUGCUGACCUGAUAAGUAGUUUAACUAGUUUGUAACGUUCGGUUUUUUUUUUACCUAAGUUAUCGGUAAAACACUGGACUGUGGGGGUUUACUGGACUGCAGGCCUGGACCUGACUCAGCGUCUCAGACCAGAGGAGCAAGAUGAGUUUCUGCUGCAGGUCAGUUUAAUUCCAGUUCCUUCAGUAGCAGACCUCCAACAGCAGCCAACCUGGAGGACCAUCUACAUAACCAGGAAGACAAGGAAGGAACCUGGACCCACAUUCUUGUGAACAGAAAGAUGUAUGGAGGAUAAAACUGCUAAAGUCAGCAUAUGAGCUCGCUCAGUCUGGACCCAAGCGGCCUGUGCAGUCUGAUAUUUUUACCUGACCCAUCUCUACACCACUGCACCUAGUUACAUUUCCUGUUCUCAUCGCAGCAGAUGGAGCCUCCCUGCCAGUCCUGCAGAGCUUGCCAGGACUCUGAAUCUCUGGACCGGUGCAUUCAGAAAGCACUAUCUGCCCUCUACCCGCCCUUCCAGGCCACAUCCGGGACCGUCCUUUGUCAGGUCCUCCACGUGGUGGAGAGCUGCUUCCGAGGAGACGGACUCCGCUACCUGCUCCACUUCUUGCUGCCUGCAAAGCAGUUCUUACAGAAUCUCCAGCAGGAUGCCUGUGAGCAGUACUGUGGUUUGUUGUUUCGGCAUGAAGGCUGGCCACUGUGUGUCCAUGAGAAGGUAGUCGUUCAGCUCUGUCCUCUGGACCAGCACCUCCUCCAUCCAGGAGACUUUUACCUGCUGGUUUCUCCUGCUGCAGCUCCUCCUCGAGCACACAGCUCCACCUACAGGAGCAGCGUCUCCUCCUCCCCCCGUCUGCUUCUGUGCAGCGUGUCAGCCGGCAGCCGUCAUGUGGAGCAGCAGGAGGUGUCAGCGAUAGCCUUGCGGUCUCUCUUCACCAUGGCCUGGCUGGACUCUGUCAACAGGGAGAGGGAGCAGCGAGGAGUGUCCCGGCUGGAGCGCUGCCUCCUCUCCGCCAAUGGAGAUGUCUUCAGGGUCCCCUGGGAGGACCUGGUCUAUCCACAGUUCAUCAGCCGGCCCAGAACCUCCCCGAAGGAGGAUGAGGAGUCCUCCGAUAAAGGCAGAGAAAUGUUGAUUAACACAUCACCUGAUCCAUGUAGAGAUGCUAACUCAUCAAGACUGGAUGUAAAACUCCCCCCAUCCUCUACGAAAACCAACCAUUCACCAGCAGACAGCGACGACUCGGAGGGGGAGUAUGUGGAGCUGACGGAGCUUCCAUUGCCUCGCUUCUCCCCACAGAAAGGCUCUUUAACCCAAUCUAUCAGCCUUCAGCUCCAAGCCAGGACCAGCACUACAACACACAGACCCUCUGCUGCUUCACACACACCUGCAAACACCAGCGCACACUCUGCUGCUGCACACACACCUGCAAACACCAGCGCACACUCUGCUGCUGCACACACACCUGCAAACACAAGCGCACACUUUGCUGCUGCACACACACCUGCAAACUCCAGUGCACACUCUGCUGCUUCACACACACCUGCAAACACCAGCGUGCACUCUGCUGCUGCACCCACACCUGCAAACACCUGUGCACACUCUGCUGCUGUACACACACCUGCAAACACCAGCACACACUCCUCCAAGCCCUGUGUGGAGGUCAGUUUUCACACCAGGCUUUGCCCCAGAUUCACUGACGAAAACCUCCUUCAGGGCUCCUGUGGACCGGUUAUACUCACCCCAAUCCCCUCCACCUCCUCCUCCCCUGCUCCUCCAGGAGUAAUGGGAACCUCAAGCCAUUCGUCGGAGAGCUGGCCAUCACAGACACACAUAGAAGGUACUGAUUUAUCCAGGACUUUGAAUCUAAAUGCUGAACCUGAAAACCGCACAGCAAAAGUGCAGGAGGGCAAGGGGGAGGUGGAGCAAGAUGAGCAAGGGGAAAAGGGGGAGAUGGAGGAAGAGAGGGAAGAGGGAGAGCUGAUGGAGAUGCAGGAAAGAAAGCAUGAAGUAGUGUUAAUUAAUGAGGGUGUAGUGAAGAAAAAAAGGGAGGUGCAAGUGGAGGUGGAACAGUUGGAGGAGAUAGAGUUUAGAAGAGAUGAAGGUUUGCUUUCACACUCGCACACUGCUGAGGAGAGAGAAGAAAUGGAGAAGAAUGAGGACGAUGAAAAUGAGCAGUCAAGGGAAGAUGGAGAAGAGGAGUUGGAUGAGGACAGAGAGGAUGAGUUAGAGGAGGUGGAAGUAGAAGAGGAGGUUCAGGUUAUAAUUGUGCAGCAAAGUCAUGAAAGAAGUGAAGAGGAGCAAGUGAGGAAAGGAGACAAGGAAGGAGAUGAAGAGAAAGAAGGGGAAGAGAGCAGAGGUGGAGGAACGCACAUAGAUAAAAAAGCUGACUCAUGUGCCAACACACAUUCUGAGGGCUCUUAUUCUGAAAAUAAUACAGAACACAGACACUCUGAAGACACUUUUUCUGAAAAGCACACAGUGCAAACAUGCUCUAAGGACCUUGAUUCUGAAAACAGUGGGCAACAACCACAGGCUGGAGAAUCCAACAAGCCACACACAAACGUCAAGGACUGUUACUCUCAAAAUAACACACAAGAAACGCACUCCGAGGAACCUUAUUCUGAAAACCACAGACAAUGCACUCACUCUGGGGAAUCUGAAAAUAAUACACAACACACACACUUAGAAGAUUUAGCCACACUACACACACAGUCUGAAGACUCUUAUUCUGAAAAUAAUGCACAACAAACACACUGUGAGGACCCUAAUUCUGAAAAUCACAGAAAAUGUACUCAUGUUGAGGGCUACCUCUGUGAAAAUAGUACACCAGAAACACCCUCAGGGGACUUGGAUUUUGAAAACAAUGGCCAACAGCAGCAGUCUGGAGCAUCUAGCAAACAGCACACACACCCUAAGGACCAUUAUUAUGAAAACACACUAAACACACACCCAGAUGACUCUUAUUCUGAAAAUAAUGCACUAAACACACACCCCGAGGACUCUUAUUCUGAAAACAGCACACUAAACACACACCCCGAUGACUCUUAUUCUGAAAACGGCACACUAAACACACACCCCGAGGACUCUUAUUCUGACAACAGCACACUAAGCACACAUCCUGAGGACUCUUAUUCUGAAAACAGCACACUAAACACACACCUCGAGGACUCUUAUUCUGAAAACAGCACACUAAACACACACCCCGAGGACUCUUAUUCUGAAAACAGCACACUAAACACACAACCCGAGGACUCUUCUGAAAACACACUAAACACACAACCCCAAGACUCUUUUUCUGAAAGUAAUGCACUAGAUGUACAACUUGAUGAGUCUUAUUGUGAAAAUGCAAUAAAGAAACAUCCUGACAACUCUUAUUGUGAAAGCAACACAACAAACACAAACUGUGAGCAGUGUGAAGAGUCCAGCACACCGAGUGUCUCCACACCAGUGGUGGAUCCAGACUCUCUUUGGGCAAAACGUGAGGAGUGUGAGAAUGGACAGAAAAAGCUGGAGGAGCAGGAGAAGGAGUGCAACUGUGAGGAGGGUGGUGAAGGAAGAACUGCAGAGCUUCAGACUGAAGGCCUCUGCAGAAAACUGCCUCCUGCCCCGUCACAGGCCUGUGUCUCUGCUGGCGGCACUCAGACAGAAUUGGAACCAGAGCCACAGCUGGACCAGCCAGCUGCUCCCAUGGUCCCAGUUCAGCUCACCCAGUUGCAUCAGUCCUCCCAGUCCAGAUUCCGCAGUGUGCUGCUGAGCUCUGGAGCUUUGUGUCUGCCUGGAACCAGAGACAGAAGUGGACGAGCUCUGCUGACCGUAUGUACCAGGAGCUCUGUGUGGUCUGAUCCCAGCUGUGACGGCACUGAGCUGCUCCGUCUCCUGCUCUAUUACACCUCCACCCUCAGGAAAGAGGUGCAAGCGCUGGGGCUGACAGUGCUGGUGGAUGCCCGCGGAGCUGCUCCUGUGCCUGCCUUGUUGUCUGCCCUCAGGUCCCUGCAGGAGAACAUACCAGGCUCUAUCAACACCGUGUUGCUGCUGUUCAACAAGGACUCGUCUCUAUGUCUGGACAAACUAGCAGCCACACAGGUGGAGGUGCUGAGCUCCCUGAAGUCUGUCCAGAAACAUGUGGAGCUCCAUCAGCUUCCCAGAGAGUUUGGAGGAUCCUUCAGUUUCAGUCAGAGCAACUGGCUCUGCUUCAGAUCGAGAACAGAGCAGCUGAGCAGUCAGUGUGAAGACAGCAUCAACCUGCUGCAGAAAACCAUCAACAUCCUGCAGUCCACACCUCUGCCUGCUGCUGCCCAGGAUGCCGAGCGCUUGCUCUCCAGGUACAAGGCGGUAAUGCGUAGCAUCUUAGAAGACAGCCGAUUGGUUCAGCUACAGCAAGAGGGCGGGGCCUCUCUGUCACUGCUCCGCAGGGAGGAGAGUGGCAUCAGUGUGACGGAGGAGUACCAGGCGGAGGUGGAGGCGGUGUCGUGUCUGUAUGACCAGGUGGAUGAGCUGCUCCACCGCCUGGUGACUUUGUCCAACUCCAGGACUCAGGAGCUGAACUUCAUUGUGAACUUCAGGAGCCUGGAGCAGGGCUUCACUGAGGUGACAUCCUGGCUGGAGGAGGUCGGGGAGGUUCGUCUGAGUAGUCUGGAUGAACCUGCAGAUUCUCUGGCGCUUGUGAAACAAAAACAGCAAGACUUCAAGGACUUCUACUCAAUUGCAUAUAAUUACUGCAAACGAGGCGAGGACUUGUUGGGUCGACUGGAGCGCUGGGACAACAUGACAUCAGCUGAUCUCAACAUCUAUGAGGAGAAAGUUCGUUCUUUCUGUGCCCGGCUCCAGGACUUCUCCCAGCAGGUCAACGCCACCGGCCAGAGCAUUGACCGGGCCGUGCAGCUGUACCACUUCUUUGACCAGGCCUAUGGCUGGGCGUUGGAGGGCAUGCGUCGCCUAGCUGGCAUCAGUAUGGAGGACUGCACGCUGCCGGACAAAUGCCGGGCUGUGAUUGACUGCCUGGAGGACUACCAGCACCAGCACCCACCAAUUCCAGAUGCCUGUUUUCAGGAGAUGAAAGCUCUAGCAGGCGAGCUGCGGGGUGAGCGAGGCCUCCAUCAGUGGAGCUUCGCCUGGUCCAAGUGUCAGGAGACCAAGAAGAUGUUUGACAGGAAGAUGGAGGCAGCGCUCAGGACACGAAAAUCUGCCCACCGGCAGCGCUCUGACUCUGGCCUUAGCAGAAGCUCUGCCUCCUCCAGGAAGACAUUGUCAGGACUCCGGGGGGUCCGAGAGACCUCCUCCUGCUCCCCCGAGGAGAACACUAGCACCUCCUCAUCUCCCUGUACCUCCUCCUCCCCUCUCAUCCCCCAGCACACCCCACUCCUCCACCGUCUGUUCCGCAGCUACUCUGAGACCACCCAAAGUAAUGUGGCAGACCAGGUGGAGCCCUUCUCCUCUACUCGCUGCCUCCACCACUUCGACUCCUCUCCCAUCUUCACCCCCUCCUCAGCCUGCUCCACCUCCUCCUCCUCCUCAAGCAGACAGCAGCAGCUUGGGAAGGCUCAAAGCUUCAACUGUCCAGUGCGCAGAGGAAACACCGGUGUGUUCAUCCGCGGUCUGGAGGUCAGCAGCACCGAGGCAGCCGACCGCACGCUCUGUCCCAGGACUGUGGCUCACGGCUGGGCAGGACAAGGGCCACACAGCCCCGCGACACCCAGCAGCCCCACAGCAGACCCCCAACCCAGGGGAAGUAAGUUGCGGCACAUCGUGGAGGAGAUGGUGACCACAGAGAGGGAGUACGUCCGCUCUCUGCGUUACAUCAUACAUCACUACUUCCCUGAGAUGGACCGGGUUGGCCUUCCCCAGGACCUGAGGGGGAAGCGCUCUGUCAUCUUCGGGAACCUGGAGAAACUUCUGGACUUCCACAGUCAGUUCUUCCUGAGGGAGCUGGAAGCCUGCUGGAAACACCCGCUCAGAGUGCCACACUGCUUCCUCCGCCAUCAGGAGCAGUUCGGCCUGUAUGCCCUCUACAGCAAGAACAAACCAAAGUCUGACACUCUGCUGGCCAACCAUGGGAACGCCUUCUUCAGGAGGAAGCAGGUGGAGCUGGGGGAUAAGAUGGACCUGUCGUCCUACCUGUUGAAGCCCAUUCAGAGGAUGAGUAAAUAUGCACUGCUCCUCACUGACCUCAUGAAGGAGGUGGGUGUGGCCCAGGAGGCAGAGCUUUUCGCACUGCAGGAGGCCACCCAGAUGGUCAAGUUUCAGCUUCGCCAUGGCAACGACCUGCUGGCAAUGGAUGCCAUCCAGGACUGUGAUGUGAACCUGAAGGAGCAGGGCCAGCUGAUCCGUCAGGACGAGUUCACUGUCUUGACUGGGAGAAGGAAAUGUCAGCGUCAUGUCUUCCUGUUUGAAGAGCUCAUUCUCUUCAGUAAGCCCAAGAAGAUGGAGGGAGGGUUGGACAUGUUCAUCUACAAACACUCCUUCAAGACGGCCGAUGUGGGGCUGACAGAGUCAACAGGGGACAGCGGGCUGAGGUUUGAGAUCUGGUUCCGGAGGAGGACGUCGAAGAGUCAGACUUUCAUCCUUCAGGCCGCCACGCUGGACGUCAAACAGACCUGGACGAGGGAUAUUGCCCAAAUUCUGUGGACCCAGGCCACCAGGAACAAAGAGAUGCGUUUGAAGGAGAUGGUGUCUAUGGGCGUGGGGAACAAACCAUUUCUGGACAUCCAGCCGAGCGACGCAGCCAUCAGUGACCGAGCG